GGCUCGUCGCCUCACAGUAAAGAUGGCGCACAGCGGUCGGUGGCGCUUCCCUGCCCGGCCCGGCAGCGGCGGCUGGGGCCGCCGGGGGCUGGGAGGGUCCCGGCUGCGGGUGCCGGCCGUGCGGAGCCUGCGGCCCGCCGAGCCGACGGCGGCGCCGGCAGCGGCGGGAGAGGGAGAGCGCGGCGGCCCGUGCUCCGGCGGGGCGGCGGGAAGCGGGGGAGGCGGGGCAGCGCCGGGCUCCGGCGGCUCCGGGGGCCCCGCGGCCGGGGUGGGACCCGGCUUCGACGCGGCGCUCCAGGUCUCGGCCGCCAUCGGCAUCAACCUGCGGCGGUUCCGCGCGGCCUGCGGCGCCGAGGCGGGCAGCGGAGAGGAUGAACAGUUUCUAGGUUUUGGUUCAGAUGAAGAAGUCAAAGUGCAAAGUCCCGCCAGGUCCCCCACAGUUAAAUCCAGUCCACGCAAGCCUCGUGGGAGGCCCCGGAGCAGUUCUGACCGGAGUUCAGCCGUGCUGUCAGACUCAUCAUCAGUGUGUUCCCCUUCAAGCAAGUCUGAAACCACAUCUAUGGAGAAAGUCAAGAAGAAGGAAUUGAAGAGUGGGGAAAAAAGGCGAGGAAGACCUCCAACGCUUACAAGUGUGAAGUUCAAAUUGUCACAAGUAAAGGACGCGUCGGACAUUCAGAAGGGCAGCAAAGAGGAAAAAGAGAGUCUGAAGAAAAUCAAAAGGUCACCAUCCACUACAUUUCAGCAAGCAACAAAGAUCAAGAAGUUAAGAACUAGUAAACUCUCCCCACUGAAAUCUAAAUUUAAGCCCGGGGCAAAACUUCAGAUUGGGAGGAAGAGCGUUCAGAUCGUGCGCAGGAGGGGCCGUCCGCCGUCCUCUGAGCGUUUAAAGACGUCCUCCACCUUGGUCAUGAACUCACAGCUGGAGAAGCCCCAGAGGAUUCGCAAGGAAAAGGAUGGCACACCACCUCUUACCAAGGAGGAGAAGACGGCUGUCAGGCAGAGUCCACGCAGGAUUAAGCCCGUUAGGAUUAUACCUUCCACCAAAAGGACGGAUGCCACGAUUGCAAAGCAGCUUUUGCAGAGGGCUAAGAAGGGGGCACAGAAGAAGAUUGAGAAAGAGGCAGCCAAGCUGCAGGGCAGGAAGGGCAGAACCCAGCUCAAGAACAUCCGCCAGUUCAUCAUGCCGGUUGUGAGCGCGAUCUCUUCACGGAUUAUCAAAACACCCAAGCGGUUUAUUGAGGACGAAGACUACGAUCCUCCCAUUAAGAUAUCCAGACUGGAAUCUACACCCAACAGCAGGUUCAGUGCCACGUCUUGCGGCUCCAGCGAGAAGUCCAGCGCCGCCUCCCAGCAUUCGUCCCAGAUGUCUUCAGACUCCUCGCGAUCCAGCAGCCCCAGUGUGGACACAUCAACAGACUCUCAGGCUUCCGAGGAGCUGCAGACGCUUUCUGAGGAGCGGAGCAACACUCCAGAGGUCCAUGCGCCGCUGCCUGUUUCUCAGUCCCCCGAAAAUGAUAACGGCGAUAGGAGAAACAGGAGGUUUUCGAUAACAGAAAGAAGUUUUGGCCAGAGGACUACUAAAAAGCUGUCGGCCUUGCCCAGCGUGCCACAGCAGCAGUCCUCCUCCUCUCCUCCUCCCCCCCUGCUCACUCCUCCACCACCACUGCAGCCCGCUUCCAGCAUCUCGGACCAUACUCCCUGGCUGAUGCCUCCCACCAUACCAUUGGCCUCCCCCUUCCUGCCCGCUUCUGCCGCGCCGAUGCAAGAGAAACGUAAGUCAAUUCUGCGAGAGCCGACGUUUAGGUGGACCUCCCUGAAGCAUUCCCGUUCGGAACCACAGUACUUUUCCUCAGCAAAAUAUGCCAAAGAGGGUCUUAUUCGCAAACCGAUAUUCGAUAACUUCAGGCCCCCGCCGCUGACACCGGAGGACGUCGGCUUUGCGUCUGGUUUCUCAACCCCUGGUGCAACGGCUCCAGCGCGCCUCUUCUCUCUGCAGUCCGGAGCGAGGUUUGACAUGCACAAGAGAAGUCCUCUGCUGAGAGCACCCAGGUUCACACCGAGCGAGGCCCACUCCAGGAUCUUUGAAUCUGUCACUCUGCCCUCAUCGGUCGGUCGCACCUCUGCAGGGGCCUCUGCCACGGGUGUCUCCUCUCGGAAGCGGAAGAGGAGAGUGUUCAGCCCCAUCCGCUCGGAACCCAGAUCUCCUUCGCACUCCAUGAGGACAAGAAGCGGGAGACUUAGUACCUCUGACCUGACAACGCUCACCCCCCAGUCUUCUGUCUCUUCCUCAUUAACGAGCAUUUCUGUUAGUUCUCUCGCCACUAGUGCCUUAAAUUCAACUUUCACUUUUCCUUCCCAUUCCCUAACGCCGGCUGGGGAAUCGGCAGAAAGAAGUCAGAGACCAAGGAAGCAGACGAGCACUCCGGCAGAGCCCUUCUCUUCCAGCAGCCCUGCUCCUCUCUUCCCCUGGUUCACAUCAAGCCCCCAGACGGAGAGAGGCAGGAACAAGGACAGGGCGGCAGAGGAACUCUCCAAAGAUAAAGAUGCUGACAAAAGCCUGGAGAAGGACAAGGGCAGAGAGAAAGACCGAGAGAGAGAGAAGGAGAACAAACGGGAGUCAAGGAAGGAGAAAAGGAGGAAAGGGUCAGAAAUCCAGAGUAGCUCUGCCUUGUUCCCUGUAGGUAAAAUGCCCAAAGAGAAAGUUGUCAGCGAGGAUGCUGCAGCAUCAUCAUCUGCCAAAAAAACAGGCGGGCGGAAGAAGUCUGUGGCACUCGACCCUGCGGCAGAUGCUUCCGCCGCGGUGCAGGCCGAUGCAGCAGCCAGCAAAACCAAAACAUCCAAGAAAGGUAGAGGAGGGUUAGACAAGUCGGACCUGGACCUCAGCCCCGCCGUGCCCUCGUUGGAGAAGGAAAAAGCCCUGCGUCUCUCUGCUCCUUCGUCCAGCACCGUUAAACAUUCCGCUUCUUCCAUCAGCUCUAUGUUGGCUCAAGCAGACAAACUGCCAAUGACUGACAAGAGGGUGGCCAGUCUUCUGAAAAAGGCAAAAGCCCAGCUCUACAAGAUUGAGAAGAGCAAGUCCCUCAAGCAAGCAGAUCAGCCAAAAGCACAGGGACAAGAGAGCGAUUCAUCGGAAACGUCAGUCCGAGGACCACGAAUCAAACACGUUUGCAGGAGAGCAGCCGUUGCGCUGGGCCGCAAACGAGCGGUCUUCCCAGAUGACAUGCCCACUCUGAGUGCCUUACCGUGGGAAGAGCGGGAGAAGAUACUGUCUUCCAUGGGGAAUGAUGAUAAGUCAUCGAUAGCUGGCUCGGAAGAGGCUGAACCUCUUGCUCCACCGAUCAAGCCGAUUAAGCCGGUUACCAGGAACAAGGCACAACAAGAACCUCCGGUGAAGAAGGGCCGACGCUCGAGGCGCUGUGGGCAGUGUUCGGGCUGUCAGGUUCCAGAGGACUGCGGUGUCUGUACCAACUGUCUAGACAAACCCAAGUUCGGUGGGCGCAACAUAAAGAAGCAGUGCUGCAAAAUGAGGAAAUGUCAGAAUCUACAGUGGAUGCCUUCCAAAGCCUAUCUCCAGAAGCAAGCUAAAGCUGCAAAAAAGAAAGAGAAGAAGUCGAAGACAAAUGAAAAGAAAGAAAGCCAUUCUGGAAAGAACCAGCUGGACUCUGGACAGAAACCAACUCCUCAGAGUGUCAUAUCGAGAGAAGACAAUGCGGUAAAGAAGUGCAGCGAGCCUGCCCGUAAGCCCACUGAGGAAAAGCAUGAGGAUGGGAAUUCCUCCAUUCCGGUGCCAGAGCCCAAACAGGUCCCUGCACCUGGAACCAGAAAGACUGGCAAGCAGACAGCCCAGCCAGCGCUGCUCCCUCCUCCUCAGCCACCCAGCUCAGGACCUUUGAAAAAAGAAGCACCUAAACUUGCCACUUCUGAGCCUAAGAAAAAGCAGACUCCCCAGCCAGAAAUAGGCACAGAACAAAGCAAACAGAAAAAAAUUGCUCCCCGUCCAACUUUCCCUGUGAAACAGAAACCAAAAGAAAAGGAAAAGCCCCCUCCUAUAAGCAAGCCAGAGAGCAGCACGCUGAAUUUGCUCAGCACUCUGACUAACGGAAGCAGUUCCAAGCAAAAGCCACCUACAGAUGGAGUCCACAGAAUCCGAGUGGAUUUCAAGGAGGACUGUGAAGUGGAGAAUGUUUGGGAGAUGGGUGGGUUAGGCAUCGUCACCUCGGUACCUAUUACUCCCAGGGUGGUCUGUUUUCUCUGUGCCAGCAGUGGACAUGUGGAGUUUGUGUAUUGUCAGGUCUGUUGUGAGCCCUUCCACAAGUUCUGCUUAGAGGAGAGCGAGCGGCCCCUGGAGGACCAGCUGGAGAACUGGUGCUGCCGUCGCUGCAAGUUCUGCCACGUGUGUGGGAGACAGCACCAGGCCACCAAGCAGUUGCUGGAGUGUAACAAGUGCCGAAACAGCUAUCACCCGGAGUGCCUGGGCCCAAACUACCCAACAAAGCCCACCAAGAAAAAGAAAGUUUGGAUAUGCACCAAAUGUGUUCGCUGCAAGAGCUGUGGAUCAACAACGCCAGGCAAAGGGUGGGAUGCACAGUGGUCCCACGACUUCUCGCUGUGUCAUGAUUGUGCCAAACUCUUUGCUAAAGGAAAUUUUUGUCCUCUCUGUGAUAAAUGCUACGAUGACGAUGAUUAUGAGAGCAAGAUGAUGCAGUGUGGGAAAUGCGACCGCUGGGUGCAUUCCAAAUGUGAAAACCUCUCUGAUGAAAUGUAUGAGAUACUCUCGAACUUGCCGGAGAGCGUAGCGUACACCUGCAUUAACUGCACAGAGCAGCAUCCUGCGGAGUGGCGGCUGGCGCUGGAGAAGGAGCUGCAGGUUUCCCUACGGCAGGUUUUAACAGCCCUCUUGAAUUCCAGAACUACCAGCCACUUGCUGCGCUAUCGGCAGGCAGCAAAACCACCUGAUUUAAACCCCGAGACAGAAGAGAGUAUCCCGUCCAGAAGCUCUCCUGAAGGUCCCGACCCUCCUGUCCUAACAGAAGUCAGUAAACAGGAGGAGCAGCAACCUCUGGAUCUGGAAGGAGUGAAAAGAAAAAUGGAUCAAGGAAGUUACAUUUCCGUGUUGGAUUUCAGUGAUGAUAUUGUGAAGAUAAUUCAAGCAGCUAUUAACUCCGAUGGAGGGCAGCCAGAAGUGAAGAAAGCCAAUAGCAUGGUCAAGUCCUUCUUCAUCCGGCAAAUGGAACGUGUUUUUCCAUGGUUCAGUGUAAAAAAGUCCAGAUUUUGGGAGCCAAAUAAAGUAACAAGCAACAGUGGUAUGUUGCCCAACGCAGUUCUGCCGCCUUCACUUGACCACAAUUACGCUCAGUGGCAGGAGCGUGAAGAGAACAACCGCACUGAGCAGCCCCCUCUGAUGAAGAAGAUCAUCCCUGCUCCAAAACCCAAAGGGCCUGGAGAGCCAGAUUCACCCACUCCUCUGCAUCCUCCUACGCCACCUAUCUCUAGCUCUGACAGAAGCCGAGAGGACAGUCCUGAGCUUAACCCACCUCCAGAUGUAGAAGACAACAGGCAGUGUGCAUUGUGCCUGAAGUAUGGCGACGACAGCGCUAACGAUGCUGGACGUCUUCUCUACAUUGGCCAAAAUGAAUGGACACAUGUGAACUGUGCUUUAUGGUCAGCAGAAGUAUUUGAAGAUGACGAUGGCUCUCUGAAGAACGUGCACAUGGCUGUGAUCCGGGGAAAGCAGCUGAGAUGUGAGUUCUGCCAGAAGUCGGGCGCCACAGUAGGCUGCUGCCUCACUUCCUGUACAAGUAACUACCAUUUCAUGUGCUCACGAGCCAAGAACUGCGUCUUUCUGGACGAUAAGAAAGUUUACUGCCAGAGGCAUCGUGACCUGAUCAAAGGAGAGGUGGUUCCUGAGAAUGGGUUUGAAGUUCUUAGGAGAGUCUUUGUGGACUUUGAAGGGAUCAGUUUGAGAAGAAAAUUUCUCAGUGGCUUGGAACCAGAGAACAUCCACAUGAUGAUCGGUUCAAUGACGAUAGACUGUUUAGGAAUUCUGAAUGACCUCUCAGACUGUGAGGAUAAGUUGUUUCCCAUCGGCUAUCAGUGCUCCAGGGUGUACUGGAGCACAACAGAUGCCAGGAAGCGCUGUGUGUAUACCUGCAAGAUCAUGGAGUGCCGACCACCAGUCAUAGAACCUGACAUCAACAGCACUGUAGAGCAUGAUGAUAACAGAACAAUUGCCCAUAGCCCAGUUCCCCUUACAGAAACUCUACCUAAAGAGAGCCAAAAUACACCUGAAAUUGUAAACCCACCAUCACCAGAUCGUCCCUUGCAUUCUCAGACCUCUAGUUCCUGUUACUAUCCACUGCUCUCAAAGGGUCCUAGGAUCAGGACACCAACUUACCCAGCCGCACAGAGGUCUCCCGGCUCAAGGCCAUUACCUUCUGCAGGAAGUCCUACACCAGUGACCCAUGAAAUAGUGACUGUAGGAGAUCCUUUGCUGUCCUCUGGACUGAAGAGCAUCGGUUCUCGGAGACACAGCACCUCCUCUUUGUCACAGCAGCAAUCAAAACUCCGGAUGAUUUCCCCUCCACGAGCUGGGAACACUUACUCCAGGCACAGCGGAUCUGCAGCUUCCAGCAUGGGGUCCUCCUCAGAGCACGAGCCGAGCAUCAAGAGCACUGACCGCUUUGUGGGAUCGGUGAAUGUGGGUACUCCAAGUGCUCCAGUUCAAAGUUGCUCCACCAGUUCAGGCUCCCAGAAGACAGCAGCUAUAAGCGGAAGUAAAACUUACCAGCUGGAUGCCUCUCAGUCUACAGAAGGACAUUCAGCCAGUUUGGAUUUGCUAGCUAAAGGUGUGACUUCUAAAGGAGAGAAGACAAAAACACCGACCUUGAAAGACCCAGAUUAUUCAGCUCAUAGUUUUGCUUCUGGGGGAAACUCCAAAAUGUCCAUUCAGCCAACCAGUUCAUCGGGCGCAGAGAUGAAUGCUAAAGUAGGAACCUUUCAAGAAUGUUCAGGACCAUUUUCUUCCAAAGAGGCAAUAUCCUUCCCACUUUUGCAUCAGAGAGGCCCAAGGAAAGACAGGGAUCAGCACAUGGAACCUGUGCAGCUGGAGAAAACAGCCGUGGUUGAUGAGAUGGAUGCCAAGACCUUGAAGUCUGCUGGAGUAAAUAGCAGGCCUCCUGCAGCGAGUGAGCAGGUGGUUUCUGCCCCUAAAGACAGGCGUCAGAAGGGGAAGAAGUUAGUGAAAGACAGUUUCAAAGAGAAGCAUUCCCUGAAACCUCUUACAGAUUCGAGUCAAGCAGUAGGCAGCAGUGAAGGAAACCUGAAACCAGAGUUCACCAAUCAGGGUUUGGCAACGGAACAGCUUAGCCAGAGGUUGUGUAACAGUAUUCCUGCUGAAAAAGCUGGCGAUAAGUCCCCACCUUCCCAAGGGCCAUCCAAAGGUUCUGCAGCACAGAUGGAAGUGGCCCCCAGGGAAUCACCAACACCUAGAAAGCGCACUGUUAAAGUCACUCUGACACCGCUCAAGAUGGAAGGUGAAAACCAGUCUAAAAACGCACAGGCAGAAAGCGAUGCUGAGGCUCAGCCUGCAGGGGUAGAACUGUCUGCGAUGGCAGAGUCCUCCUCAACCUCGGAAAGCCAGGAAGAUAACCCUGUAGUUCAGGGAAGUCCAAAUGAAGCGCCAGCACAGGAAUCACAGAAUAACACAUAUGAAAACCUGCCUGUUCAAGAUAACAGCUUGCUGCUCCAGGAUGGAGCUAAACCUCCAGAAGAGGGCUCGUACAAGCGGAGGUAUCCACGGAGAAGUGCUAGGGCCAGAUCCAAUAUGUUCUUUGGACUGACUCCUCUGUAUGGCGUGAGGUCUUAUGGAGAGGAAGACAUUCCCUUCUACAGUAACUCGACUGGGAAGAAGCGGGGGAAGCGGUCUGCAGAAGGACAAGUGGACGGCGCGGAUGACUUGAGCACAUCAGAUGAAGACGACUUGUAUUACUACAAUUUCACUAGAACGGUGGUUUCCUCGAGCGCGGAGGAGAGGCUUGCGUCCCACAGCUUGUUCAGGGAGGAGGAGCAGUGUGAUCUCCCCAAAAUCUCCCAGCUGGACGGUGUGGAUGAUGGAACUGAAAGUGAUACAAGCGUCACGGCGACCACAAGAAAAGUCAGUCAAGUAAGUAAAAGGAGCAGUAAGGAAAAUGGAACGGAGAACUUAAAGCUAGAUAGAGGUGAAGAUGCCGGUGAGAAAGUGCAAGUCACCAAGAGCUCCUCUGUCCACAAAAGCGACUCAAAGAUGGAUAACUGCCAUCCGGUGAGCAGGGUUAAAGCACAAGGUCAGGACUCUCUGGAAGCUCAGCUGAGCUCUCUGGAAACGAGCCGCAGGGCUCACGCCAGCACACCUUCUGACAAGAACUUGUUGGACACUUUCAACACAGAACUCCUGAAAUCUGACUCUGACAAUAACAACAGCGAUGACUGUGGGAACAUCCUCCCUUCCGACAUCAUGGACUUUGUACUAAAGAACACGCCGUCUAUGCAGGCACUGGGAGAAAGUCCAGAGUCCUCAUCCUCUGAACUUCUAACCUUGGGGGAAGGUUUGGGUCUCGACAGCAACCGUGGGAAGGAUAUGGGUCUGUUUGAGGUGUUCUCUCAGCAGCUGCCCACCGCCGAGCCAGUGGACAGCAGCGUCUCGUCCUCCAUAUCGGCAGAGGAGCAGUUCGAGUUGCCGCUGGAGCUUCCUUCCGACCUCUCUGUUCUGACCACUCGCAGCCCUACGGUGCCCAGCCAGAAUCACAACAGGCUCGCCGUCAUCUCGGAGUCUUCGCUCUCCUCCUCGGGGGAGAGGUCGAUGCUCGCCUUGCCCUCCACGGAGUCUGGGGAGAAGAGAGUGACGGUCACAGAAAAAUCUGCCUCGGGGGAAGGCGAUGCAGCUCUCCUCAGCCCGGGAGUAGACCCCAGCCCUGAAGGGCACAUAACUCCCGACCACUUCAUUCAGGGUCACAUAGACACGGAGCACAUAGCCAGCCCGCCCUGUGGCCCUGUCGAGCAAGGGCACGGCAGCAAUCAGGAUUUAACAAGGAACAGCGGGACUCCAGGUAUCCAGGUGCCAGUAUCGCCCACCGUUCCCCUCCAGAGCCAGAAGUACGUGCCAAACUCCACAGACAGCCCCGGCCCCUCUCAGAUCUCCAAUGCUGCGGUGCAGACAACGCCACCCCACCUCAAGCCGGCCGCAGAGAAGCUGCUGGUAGUCAACCAAAACAUGCAGCCGCUGUACGUCCUCCAAACUCUUCCCAACGGCGUUACUCAGAAGAUCCAGCUAACGCCUUCCGUUAGCUCUGCGCAGAGUGUGAUGGAGACCAACGCUUCAGUGCUGGGGCCCAUGGGCAGCGGCCUCACGCUGACCACGGGAUUAAAUCCAAGCUUGCCCUCCUCUCAGUCAUUGUUCCCUCCCACAAGCAAGGGGCUGCUGCCCAUGUCCCAUCACCAGCAUAUCCAUCCCUUCUCCACCGCUGCUCAGACUGGCUUCCCACCAAACAUCAGCAGUCCUUCGCCAGGUCUUCUCAUCGGGGUGCAGCCGCCCCCCGAUCCUCAGCUCUUGGUGUCUGAAGCUAGUCAGAGGACAGACCUGGGUACUGCAGCCACUACUCCAGCCACUGCCCUGGGCAAGAAGCGGCCCAUAUCUCGCCUGCAGUCACGGAAGAGCAAGAAGCUGGCUCCCUCGGGAACCCCUUCUGCUAUAGCUCCUCCUGAUAUGGUCUCCAAUAUGACCUUAAUUAAUUUUGCUCCUUCCCAAAUUUCCAACCACCCGCUGGAUUUGGGAGCUAUUGCAAACUCCACCUCCCACAGGACCGUCCCCAAUAUUAUCAAACGGUCCAAGUCUGGGGUCAUGUAUUUUGAGCAAGCAUCGCUGCUCCCACAAGGUGGGACCGCCACUGCCGUAGGCACAUCUUCCAGUGUUAUUGGGCCAGAGGCCAGCCACCUCCCUGCAGGGCCUGUGUCGGGCCUGGCCUCGAGUUCCUCAGUGCUGAACGUCGUGUCCAUGCAGGCCACGGCAGCACCGAGCACCGGUGGGUCAGUUCCCGGUCACGUUUUGGGACAAAGUUCGGUAACAUUAACUAGCCCUGGAUUAUUAGGGGACAUUGGGUCGAUAAGCAACCUUCUGAUCAAAGCUAGUCAGCAAAGCCUUGGUCUUGGUCAGGAGCAACAGCACAUGACUUUACCACCAAGUUCUGGGAUGUUCUCGCAACUGGGAGCAUCCCAGACUCCAUCUACAGCAGCAAUGACAGCUGCAUCAAGCAUAUGCGUUCUGCCUUCAGCACAGACGAUGGGCAUGACAGUUGCUCCCUCCUCUGCUGACCCGGAAGGCUCUUACCAGCUUCAGCACAUGACGCAGCUCUUGGCCAACAAAACCGGGGUGGCUUCCUCCCAGCUGGACCUCGGCACAGCUUCGGCCACAACGCAGUUGUCCAGCUUUCCACAGCUGGUAGACGUUCCCAGUAAUACUGGACUGGAGCAAAGCAAGGCUUCCUCGUCCGUGAUGCACGCCAGCUCUGCGUCUCCCGGAGGCUCCCCCUCCUCUGGCCAGCAGUCAGCCAGCAGCUCCGCACUGGCUCCCACAAAAACCAAGCCGAAAAUCAAACGCAUUCAGCCGUCAUUAGACAAAGGGAAUGGGAAGAAGCACAAAACAUCUCACUUGUGGAGCGGUCCCUCUGAAGCACAUGCUCCUGAGAGAGGGGCUGUCGCUGUACCCCAGGUCUCAGCUGCAGGGACUGCUCCUCUGAAGGCAGAUACACAGGAUCCAGCAAGCGCAGAUCAGUCAUUGCAGAAGCCAUGUGGCCAGUCUGCAGGGCAAACGUCAGUGCUGGCAGAAUCUCAGUCAACACAAAGUGCAACAAGUGAGCAAGAGAAUGCAGGCUCAAAAGCUUUUGAGGAAGAAGAGAGCACUUUCAGCUCCCCACUUAUGUUUUGGCUUCAGCAAGAGCAAAAGAGAAAAGAGUGUCUGGGUGAGAAGAAACACAAGAAAGGUUUGGUUUUUGAGAUCUCUAGUGAUGACGGUUUUCAGAUCUGCGCAGAAAGCAUUGAAGAUGCCUGGAAGUCACUGACAGACAAAGUGCAAGAAGCCCGAUCCAAUGCCCGGCUGAAGCAGCUCUCCUUUGCAGGUGUGAACGGUUUGAGGAUGCUGGGCAUUAUCCAUGAUACUGUCGUGUUCCUGAUUGAGCAACUGUACGGAGCAAAGCACUGCCACAACUACAAGUUCAGAUUUCAUAAGCCAGAGGAGGCCAAUGAACCUCCCCUGAACCCCCACGGCUCAGCCAGGGCUGAAGUCCACUUGAGGAAAUCUGCAUUUGAUAUGUUUAAUUUCUUGGCUUCUAAACACCGACAGCCACCAGAAUACAACCCAAAUGAUGAGGAAGAGGAAGAAGUACAGCUGAAAUCAGCCCGGAGGGCGACUAGUAUGGAUCUGCCAAUGCCCAUGCGCUUCCGACACUUGAAGAAGACCUCCAAGGAGGCAGUUGGUGUCUACAGGUCUCCCAUCCAUGGCCGGGGUCUGUUCUGCAAAAGGAACAUCGAUGCAGGUGAGAUGGUGAUCGAAUAUUCAGGCAAUGUCAUUCGCUCCAUCCUCACUGACAAACGAGAGAAAUACUACGACAGUAAGGGCAUCGGUUGCUACAUGUUCCGCAUUGACGACUCGGAAGUGGUGGACGCCACCAUGCACGGGAACGCGGCCCGCUUCAUCAACCACUCCUGCGAGCCCAACUGCUACUCCCGGGUCAUCAACAUCGACGGCCAGAAGCACAUCGUCAUCUUCGCCAUGCGCAAGAUCUACCGCGGGGAGGAGCUCACCUACGACUACAAGUUCCCCAUCGAGGAUGCCAGCAACAAGCUGCCCUGUAACUGCGGCGCCAAAAAGUGCAGGAAGUUUUUAAACUAGACCUUCAGUCGGCUGCGAGGGAGCCCCGAGGGGCCGGGGCAAACCAAAGCUUCGUGUGACGCCCU